GCUACCACAGCACCCGAUGAUGUCGUCUCCGUUCAACGUCGACGCUGCCGUGAUUUAGAUGAAUGUUCGGAAAGAUUACAUUUUGGCAAAUUCGCCGGAGGAUUAUCUCAUCGCCGUUCAGUCCCCGCUAAAAAUCCCCUGCGACUGCUUCCCGGCAUUCUGGUUUUAAUCGAAAUCCCGGAGUUGGUUGAAUUGGUUGAAGAGGGAGCUAUGAGCAAAAGGUCCAGUUGCUGUGCUAUCUGUGAGAACUCAAAUCGUGCUUCCAUUUGUGCAGUUUGUGUCAAUUACAGGUUGAAUAAUGAAUUUAGCACCCAGUUGAAAUCGUUGAAGAGCCGGCGGGAUUCCUUGUACUCGAGACUAAGUGAAGUCCUUGUGGCAAAGGGGAAGGCAGAUGAUCAGUCAAAUUGGAGAGUACAACACAAGGAGAAGGUGGCAAUUUUGAAGGAGAAGCUUCGUCGUAGUAGAGAACGACUCAACCAAGGUAAGGCCAAGGUUGAGAGAAUGUCAGGCGAGCUAAAGGUCAAGUUUAGUGUCCUAGAUUCAGCUCGUGCGGCGUUAGAGAAGAACCGUUUGGAACAACUUGACAAGUUCUAUCCAAACCUUAUUUGCACUCAGAGUUUAGGCCAUAUGGCUAUUACCACAGAACUACUUCAUAAACAAUCUGUGGUCAUAAAACAGAUAUGCAAGUUGCUACCUCAACGGAAGGUGAAAAUUGAAGGGGAGAGAACUAGUGGUCAAUUUGAUCAAAUCUGUAAUGCUCGCUUACCAAGAGGACUUGAUCCCCACUCUGUACCAUCAGAAGAGCUUGGUGCCUCAUUGGGGUACAUGGUGCAGCUUCUAAAUCUUGUUGUUCGUAACUUGGCUGCCCCUGCUCUUCAUAAUGCUGGUUUUGCAGGCUCUUGCUCUCGAAUAUGGCAGCGAGAUUCUUACUGGAAUGCACGGCCCUCAUCAAGAAGCAACGAGUAUCCUCUUUUUAUACCCCGCCAGAAUUAUUGCUCUAGCAGUGGUGAGAAUUCAGUUACUGAUUCUGAUAGAAGCUCCAGUAACUUUGGUGUUGCCUCAAUAGAGUCAGAAAGAAAGGCGUGUCUUGAUUCUUCCCGAAGUAGUAGCUUCAAUUACUCAUCAGCUUCUCCACAUUCAGUACAAACACACGAGGACUUGCAAAAAGGCAUUGCACUUCUGAAGAAAAGUGUGGCAUGCGUGACAGCUUAUUGUUAUAACUUGUUGUGCUUAGAAAUUCCUUCUGAAACAUCAACCUUUGAAGCCUUUGCAAGACUGUUGUCAACGCUGUCUUCUUCAAAGGAUGUCCGGUCAGUUUUCUCCUUACAAAUGGCUUGUUCAAGGUCAGGUAAACAAGCUCAAAAGCUAAAUAAAUCUGUCUGGAACGUAAACUCGGCCUUUUCAUCCAGCGCUUUAAUGGAUAGUCAACAUGCACUGCAUCUCACGAAGAACAUGAAUGAAUAUAACCUCCUAAACUCCUCAACCACCAGUUUUCUGUAUGGGCCUACCGAUAUGCCAGAGGUGGGGAAAUAUGAAGGGCUAAUUGAUGGAUGGGAUCUGGUGGAACACCCUAAGUUUCCUCCGCCGCCUUCCCAUACUGAAGACGUCGAGCAUUGGACUCGCGCCAUGUUUAUCGAUGCUACAAAGAAGAAAUAACCUUUUGCAGUGAUGCAGACUUUAUCAAGCUGGCUACUUUUGUACAUAUAGCAGUUCUCUGCUCACUUGUUGGCUGUACAUAUCUAUAUGUAGAGAGAGAGCUAGCCUCUGGCUCCUUCGGUUACCAUUGUUGACUUAAUACAGCCUAGCAGCUUUUCUCUCAUGUAAAGUUGAGUUCAUGAUAUAGAUUAAAGGUAAAACAUUGAACUGAACUGCUCAGGUUACUCUUAUCUGAUCUCUUACAUGCCAUUAACAUGUGAAGUCAGAAUUCACAUGUUUCCCUCAAUGUAAAAGCUAGGGGGUGAAAAGUGAUCAAUGUGAGUGGGUUUUUUAUUUGUAGUAGUCAUUAGAGGGCACCCUUUUAGACUCUACUUUUAUGGCUACUUUCAAAUAUGUCCAAUUUCUUCUCUUGAAGGACAAUUACAAACUCAGAGGUAGUUUGGAUUUGUGAUUCUCUUGAAUGUACUCUUAUUAGCAUGGGAUGAUUUAAGAAUGCAG